UAAAUUCCUUGGAUUGCUCUCGCGCCUGACCCUCGGAUGGUUUGGCCGAUUCUCAGCAGAAGGUGGUGCUCAGGGUUCCCACCAUGACCGACGACAAGGUGAAGCAGAAGGCCAUCGAAGCUGUCGCCGACAUCUAUGGUGUUGAUUCCAUAGUUGCCGAUCUGAAGGAGAAUAAGAUGAUCAUCAUAGGCGACAUGGACACUGUGGCGAUUGCAAAGAAAUUAAAGAAGAUCGGUAAGGUUGACAUUGUGUCCGUGGGGCCUGCAAAAGAAGAAAAGAAAGAGGAGAAGAAAGAAGAAAAGAAGGAAGAAAAGAAAGAGGAGAAGAAAGAAGAAAAGAAGGAAGAGAAGAAAGAAGAGAAGAAAUGAUUAAGCAUACAGCAUCAUUGUGUGGCCUUUCUCCUGUGUGCAGUUGCAAUAGCUUUGACCACAGAUUAAUGUUUUUAAGAGAAAUCCAUCUGUAACAUUAUAUUUUAAAGUACAGAUAAGUAAUCUCUUCAAAGAAAAAUACACUGUUCAUCUAUUUCUCAGCAUUCUGCAUUUACGCGCCCAACCUCAUCGAAUUA